AUGAAUUUAAAGACUCCAUUUAAGUCAAAGAAGCUAAGUCCGAAAUUUGUGGGACCUUACCAAAUCAUCGAGCAGAUAGGAAAAGUGGCUUUCCGGUUGGCCUUGCCACCAUCUCGUUCUGGCCUCCAUGAUGUAUUCCACGUAUCUCAACUUAGAAAGUUUAUUCCCGACUCUUUCCAUCCAAUCCUUCCGGAUGCAGCUGAAGUAGAAACAGACCUUUCCUUCCAGCCUCAUCCAAAUUGUAUAUUGGAUUAUUCAAGUAAGAAGUUGCGACAUAAGGAGAUACCAAUGGUGAAAGUUCUUUGGGAUAAUUCGAGUUCGGAUGAGGCUACUUGGGAGUUAGAAUCCGAGAUGCAGUCUUUGUACUUUUACUUGUUCUGGUAA